AUGUUGGACUUGAGCGUGGGAGAUGGGAAGACCUGCAUGGUUGCAAUCAAGCGGAAUGCUUCCCUCAUUGGUGUGUGCUUCACCAAUGAUCACAGGGAUGCCCUUUAUGCCCGUCUAGAAACCGAAGUGUUCAACCAGUUCCAGAAGGCUGAUUCCAAGCUCUAUGAGCCGGCGUUGGCAACCAUCUUGGGGACCCACAAGAAGAGAAAGGACAAGAAGCCAAACAAGACAGAGAAGCCGGGAAAAAAGGAUACCAAGGAUGAUACAAAAGAGGAAGAUGAAGAGGAGGAAGAUGAGGAUGAACAGGAGGAAUCUGAGCAGGAAGAGCCAGAGGAGGAUGAGGAGGACGGUGCGGAGGAGCCUGAGGAGGAGGGCAUUGACUCUGAUGAGGAGGCAGGCCCUGAUCCCAAAUCCCUAAGCUUGAAGCCCUAA